ACAAGAGCUUGAAUGAGUGCGUUAUGAGCGGCGACCCUGAAUGCGCAAUGACAGACACAUACCUUCAUAAGGGCCCCAAGGGUAAUGAGGUGUUUCAACCCAUGACGUCCUUCUUUUGCGGCCACGAGCCGGUAUGCAGGGAGUUCAACAACAGGGUAGCCCUGCAGAGGGCACUUGAGAACCUGGAGAAGAAGUACGCGGUCGUGGGCAUCUUAGAGACACUGGACAGAUCUCUGCAAGUCUUUCAAGCCUUCGUGCCUAUGUACUUCCGAAAUGCUGUCAAACUAUUUGGCAAGUCUCCCUUGAAAUCGAACACGAACCAGCACGAACCGGCCACAGCGGCUGUAGAAGAGGAGCUGGCGAGUCGCCUUUGGGCUGAUAUCGAACUCUACAGGUUCGCCGAGCAGCGACUCUACCUGCAGUACCGCAGCAUAGGGGGCCGCGUACCUCCAGGAGCCAAGUCUUAGUUGUGUUGUCGCAGCGUGGGGACUGAGUGGCUCCGUGAGCACUACUACGGCUGCAUUAUCGCAGCAUUAGGGUCGAGGUGCUACCGUAUAUCGUCUGCUCAUAUGGCCAUCCUUUCCUGCCUACGAUGUGAUAAUUUUUGAUAACGGCCACGUAAAAAGCUGCAGGUAGGGGCCAGGCGGCCUCAUUUGUGAGUGCGGAAACUCAGCCAAUGAUAUAACUAGUAGCUACUAUGUAUAUAGGCAAUGUCAGACAUGGCAUAGACGGGAAUCGGUGUCACGCAAUGUGUUGUAAUAAUGCUGUCAAUAAGGCUGCGAUAAUUACGUCGCCAUGCGUCGUUUUCACCGCUAGUCAGCGAUCAUUACGAGCGAGCGAGCGCAGCGAGCGAAGCGAAGUCUUUUCAAUAUAACGGAAAAAUCUCAGUAUGAGCGGCCCGGCCCGGCCCGGCCCGGCCCGGCCCGGCCCGGCCCGGCCCGGCCUGUAACGCUUUUGAGAGGCUUAUAUCUCAGCAACCGCUGAACCGAAUGACCUGCGGUCUUUUUUGCUGGGUAGCCCCAUCCCUUCUACCCCGUAAUUGACUACUUUUGAUACAUCUCAGUGACCGCCGUGGCACGUGCCACGUGAAAAGUCAAGGGUGUUCAAGCAGUUUUGCAAAAUUAAUGAUUUUGAGAGGCCCAUAUCUCAGCAGCGGCUUGAGCGAUUGUCUUGCGGUCAUUUUUAUAGGGUAGCUGCAUCCCUUCUACCAAAGGUCGGAUACUCUUCAUCUAUGUGAGUGACCCCCACUGCACGUGCAAAAUACAACAAUAAGAGGUGCCAAAUUUGUUCCCAUUUCAGUAACUCGGUAAUUACUGGGGCGAUUUCGCUGAAACUUGGCAUACAGGUAGGCACCCACCAGGCAAUGCAUUCCCAUGUGUUGCGGUUAGGGUGCUACUGCACGUGCGCACGUGCAGGGGGCGUUUCCAGAUCUCGAGAACGGCUGGGCCGAUUGCGCUCAAAUUUGGUACACGGUUGGGGACCGGUUAGUAGGGUGCCGUGCAAAAGUCAUUUUGGACCCCGUCUGCACGUGCGCACGUGCAGAAUGCCGCUUCCAGAUCUCAGGAACGGCUGGGCCGAUUGCGUUCAAAUUUGGCACACCGCUAGCGACCAGUUAGAAGGGUGCUUUGCACAAGCCCGUUGGAAGUACCCUCUCGCCCUUCUGCACGUGCAGGGCUCACUAUCUCGCUCGCUCGUUCUUCGCCCAAAAGGCGUUUUACUGGUUAUAUAAUUUCCAAUAUCAUGUCAUCCUAGCGGACAAACACUUUUUGAUGACAGUUAUGUUGUGCGCAGGUUAUAAUAAGACAGGGUGGCAUAUGCAUUGUAAUUAGGCUGGGUUUUGGAUGUGAGGUGGUUGGACUGCGAGCUGAAAGCGAGACAGAUCUAAAAACGGCGACCGAGCGGUCGGGUUCUUCUGGUCGUCCCGGCGUCGUGUUUAGCUCGAUGGGGGGCCGCGAGCUUGUGCGUGCAUGCAUUCAUCUAUAUCGCGCUCAAAGGGUUACAUGCCCCCCCCCCCCCCACGGGCCCGUGGUGCAGCCUGCUCCAACGGCAACCUUCAAAGCAGGCUCUGACAUUGUUCAACCGAGUAACGACGAGCUGAAGAUGUAGAUAGAUUGAGGCGGCCUUGGUUGUUUAUCGAAGAACUUUCAAUAUGCAUUAUGGAAUAUGCAUGCCUUUUGUAUGUGUAGUUAGGUAUAUGUAUCAAGGCCAGAAAUUUGCGAUGUGAUAAUAGGUGCAUUCAGUCGAUAUUUGAUAGCGGUGAUUUUUUUUUUUUUGUUUGUAUCGGGAUUCAUUGAACGAAUUGGACGUGCGGGGUGGAAUGAGCAAUUAUGUUUCAAUAAACUGGUGAUGUUGUU